AUGGAGGACUUCUCCAGCUCAGAUGGGAUGAUCAAUCUUUCAGCUAUCAGCACAUAUACGAUGCGGGUACACACUUCUCUCGCUUUGGCAUCGGUAUGCCUUCCUGGCGCUUUCGCCAACUUCCUUGCGCCAACAUAUCCGCCUCCGAAGGACAUUAGCAGCAGUGAGAGUGCCGUUGCUGCUUCUUGGAAGAACCUGACGACGAAAUUGGAGCGAAGCCUACACAGCAGAUCCAACUCGACUCUAUCGGCAUUCAAAGAUCUCACCUUUUCAAUUGGCCUAUUCUCGCCCCAUGAUUCCAGGGCCACCGACCUCCAGUACCACUAUACAUCUCACGAGGUCCGAAAUGCAACAAAUGGCACGAACAGGGUCGAUGCAGAUAGCAUCUACCGCGUCGCUAGCGUGUCCAAGCUCAUCACUGUCCUUGCUGGGCUUGUUGAGCUAGAACCCGCAGACUGGGAGCGACCUCUCUCUGAGCUCUCGCCUGCACUAGCCGAAUCUCUCCGCGAGAGCUCUGGCACACUCGACCCAGUUUACGACACGCAAUGGGAUGCGAUUACGCCCAGUGUCCUCGCUGCCCAUCUCGCAGGCGUCUCCCACUACGGCCAGGUCUGGACUGAAGACAUCCUCCUCUCCUACGCCGUGGGACUCGCCACCAACGACACGAACCCAGCAUACGAUCCCGCCACAUACGGCCUUCCAUACGUCGACCUAACCGAUCCCUCGAACUUAUCGCGCUGCUCAAACCUCGAGGGUACAUGCACCCCAGAGGAAUACACGCAGGGCGUCGCACACAACCCACCCAUCUUCCUCCCCUGGUCCAGCCCUGCCUACUCGAACAACGGCCUCACCCUCCUCGGCAUCGCAAUCGCAAACCUCACCGGGAAAUCCCUGCAAGAGGUCUACCAAGACGCCAUUUUCGACCCGCUGGACAUGUCCUCAUCUUACUCCUCCAUCCCACCAGACUCUGAAUCCUCCCGCUUCGUGGUCGCCGGAGACCCCGCCACCAGCUGGGGCGUGGAUAACGGCCUCUCAACCCCCUCAGGCGGGAUCUUCUCGACACUAAACGACCUGAACAAAUUCGGGAUCGGCGUCCUAAAUUCCACGCUCCUUUCGCCACUCCAAACACGUCGCUGGAUGAAACCCCUCGUCCACGGCGCAAGCUUGCACUAUUCCUCUGGCGCACCCUGGGAGAUCUACCGGUACACGGAACCCAGGAGCGGGAUUGUGACUGAUAUCUAUACGAAGCUUGGGGAUUCCGGGUACUACGGUAGUAUCUCUGCGUUUUUGCCGGAUUUCGAUGUCGGGUUUAGUGUUAUUGCCGCGAGUUCCAAGACGAGUCGGAGUUCCCUGACGCUCGCGCUCAUUCAAGAGAUCGUCGAUACGAUUCUUCCCGCUCUGAACGUGCAGGCUGCGAGCGAACUCGAGGACAAGUACGCGGGCACAUAUACAUCCACAGACCCGAACCUAAACUCCACAAUCACAUUCGCAUCAGCCAAAACUCCCGCUGUCCCCGGCCUCGUGAUUACAAACUUCAUAAGCAACGGCACAGACCUCUCCCCACUCCUCCCAGCUCUCCUAGGAGGCGCAGAGAAGAAACCAUACCGUCUGCGCCCGGCAAUCGUUACGCCCGAAAGGAUCGCCUUCCGCGCCGCGACGCCCCCGACGGCCGCUCCGUCUCGACCGGGUGACAACUCGAAGCUGUUUACGGGACUCUAUGAUGUUAAUGAUUGGUUAACGCUUGAUACCCAGACGUAUGCGAAUAGAGCCUUUGGGGAGUUUGUGUUUGCGCUUGACUCUGAGGGGCGUGUGACGGGGGUUGAGCCAGUUGCGUGGAGGGUGAGGUUGGAGAAGGAGGGGUAGGGGUUGUAUAUUAGGUCUUGCAUUAUAGAUGAUGUGUUUUUGUUUUCCCUGUAGGCUCUCGCCUGAGCGGCUAAUGAAAUGUUUUAU